ACCCUUUCAAAUUGAGCACCCUGUCAACGUCACGAGCCUUCACUGCUGCAGCCGUCCUCGACGUUCCCUCACCAUCCUCUAGCUGGACCAAAAGGGAUAUUCAUUCUUAAACACUGCAAACAUCUUGGAUCAUGUCGUCUGUCAUGCAGAAACUGAUCACCCCCCUGGCCAGUGGGCCUUCCGAACCCCCCAGGAACAAGGUGACGGUGGUGGGGGUGGGACAGGUUGGCAUGGCCUGUGCCAUUAGCAUCCUCCUCAGGGACCUGGCUGAUGAGCUGGCCCUGGUGGAUGUGAUGGAGGACAGACUGAAGGGAGAGAUGAUGGACCUGCAGCAUGGCAGCCUCUUCCUCAAGACCUCAAAGAUUGUGGCUGACAAAGAUUAUGCAGUGACCGCCAACUCCCGUAUUGUGGUGGUGACGGCUGGCGUGCGCCAGCAGGAAGGAGAGAGCAGGCUCAACCUGGUCCAGAGGAACGUUAACGUUUUCAGAGCCAUCAUCCCUCAGAUCAUCAAAUACAGCCCCAACUGCACCCUCGUGGUCGUCUCCAACCCAGUGGACGUUUUGACCUAUGUCACCUGGAAGCUCAGCGGCCUGCCCAAGAACCGUGUCAUCGGCAGUGGCACCAACCUGGACUCUGCCCGCUUCCGCUACCUGAUGGCUGAGCGCCUGGGCAUCCACUCCAGCAGCUUCAACGGCUGGAUCCUGGGGGAGCACGGAGACUCCAGCGUGCCUGUGUGGAGCGGUGCCAACGUGGCAGGAGUCAACCUGCAGAAGCUCAACCCUGAGAUCGGCACUGACGGAGACAAGGAGCACUGGAAGCAGACGCACAAAGAGGUGGUAGACAGUGCCUACGAGGUGAUCAAGCUGAAGGGCUACACCAACUGGGCCAUCGGCCUGAGUGUGGCUGACCUAACGGAGAGCCUUGUCAAGAACAUGAGCAGGAUCCACCCUGUCUCCACCAUGGUCAAGGACAUGUAUGGCAUCGGCGAGGAGGUGUUCCUGAGCCUGCCCUGCGUGCUGAACAGCAGCGGCGUGGGCAGCGUGGUCAACAUGACCCUGAACGACGACGAGGUGGCCCAGCUCAAGAAGAGCGCCGACACCCUCUGGGGAAUCCAGAAGGAUCUGAAAGACCUGUAGACCCAAGUGGGGUCGUCGGCGGAGGUCACACACUCCCAACAAGCCUCUCCCGUCAUCACCCCUCCCCACGUCUGUCCAUCAGUCAUUCCUUCCUCCCUCUUGAGUCUAACAUCCUCUCUAGCUAAAUCAUCUUGACAAGAUCCCCUAACACUCCUUACUUUUUCUUCCACAACUGAUGCACUCCUGUCACCCCCCCCUCCCCCACACACACACCAUCCUCAGUAGGAUGAGGUGGCCGUCUAGUGAAGUGUAACAUGCUGAUUUCGGUGUGACUAGGGUAAAGCGCGUAUAGCAUCCAUUACCUGUGGUCUGUUUUCCUGUGUUGCAGCUAUUCUACGUACGAUCAAAUAGAAAGUAGUGUUUGGGCUCCUCUCUUCACUCACUUGCACUUGAGCACGUUCUUUUAACUCCGCCCUGUAGGGAUACAUAGGACCCUCGUCCUCCUGUCUGCUCCCCCUUGGGGAGGGGGAAGUCCUGGCCGGCGGGGGAAGUGGAGGGAGGCCCAACCCCUGUGUUUCCACGUCUUUGUCAAAGGGAGAGGGCCAAGGUGGAUAUGAAAAUGUCCUCACCUUGAGUUUUUGUUUUGAAAACGAGCUGUCAUUGGUGUUAAGAAUUGUGUUGACAAUUGGACGAGUAACUUAAUAAAUAUAUGCAUAAACAUGCAAUAACA